AUGGCAGUACAGGCGGCGCUCCUCAGCCCGCACCCAUUCGUCUCUUUCGGCUUUGCGGGCGCCCCGAACGGGCUGGGGGGCGCCUUCGGAGCCCUGGAUAAGGGUUGCUGCUUCGAGGACGAUGAGACCAGGGCACCCGCGGGCGUGCUGCUCGCGGAAGCCGAGGGCGGGGACGUGCGCGAAGCCACCCGAGACCUGCUUAGCUUCAUCGAUUCCGCGUCCAGCAACAUAAAGUUGGCACUCGACAAGCCCGGCAAGUCCAAGAGGAAGGUGAAUCACCGCAAGUACUUGCAGAAGCAGAUCAAACGCUGCAGCGGCCUUAUGGGCACUGCGCCCCCGGGCCCGCCUUCCCCUGGUGCCGCCGACACACAAGCCAAACGCUCGCCUGCAGCCCCCAGCGCUCCUACGGUCGCUGUCCCGGCCCACGGCAAGGCUGCCCCUCGGCGAGAAGCGUCCCAGGCCGCGGCGGCCGCUAGCCUGCAAAGCCGGAGCCUGGCUGCGCUCUUUGACUCCCUGAGACACAUCCCAGCGGGCGACGAGCCGGCGGGGGGCGCGGUGGCUGCGCCUGCGACCGGGCUCAGCGGUUCAGGCGCUGGGAAUGCUGGAGGGGAAGUGGUCGGCCCCGCAGGAGGUGCAGUGGUUCCUGGCGCCAGGAAGGUCCCGCUGCGGGCUCGCAACCUGCCCCCGUCCUUCUUCACCGAGCCAUCCCGGGCAGGCAGUGGCGGGUGCGGCACGUCGGGGCCCGGCAUUAGCCUGGGCGACCUGGAGAAGGGCGCGGAGGCCGUGGAAUUCUUCGAGUUCCUGGGGCCCGACUACGGCGCUGGCACCGAGGCGGGCGUCUUGCUCACCCCUGAGCCUCUUGAUGUGUUCCCCACUGCAACCGCUGCCCUGCGGGGACCCCCGGAGCUGGAGCCUGGCUUAUUUGAGCCUUCUUCAGCGAUGGUGGGGAGUCUGCUAUACUCUGAGUCCUGGAGCACCCCCGGUCAACCUACCAAGAAGAUGCCCCUGACUGGCUCUCGAGGGGCUUUGACCUUGAACGAGCCCUUGCGCCCCCUGUACCCUGCCGCUGCGGACUCUCAGGGAGGGGAAGAUGGGCCUGGCCAUUUAGCCUCUUUUGCCCCCUUCUUCCCAGACUGCGCUCUCCCUUUGACCCCAGCGCCCCAUCAGGUGUCCUACGAUUACUGUGCGAGCUACAACCGCACAACUUACUCGAAUCUUUGGCGAUCCGACGGGGUUUGGGACGAGGUACCUGGGGAGGAGGGGGCUCAUCGGGACUGA